CAGAAUCCUAAAUUCAAGAUUUUAGCUUUCCAAAAUCCUGAAUUCAAGAUUUUGGCCGAGUUCAUGAGUUUAGCUUUCAAGAAUCCUGAAUUCAAUAUUUUGGCCGAUUUCAGGAUUUUAGCUUUUCAAAAUUCUGAAUUCAAGAUUUUGGCAUAUUUCGAGUUUUUAGCUUUUCAAAAUCCUGAAUUCAAGAUUUUUGCCGAUUUCAAGGUUUUAGCUUUCCAAAAUCCUGAAUUCAAGAUUUUGGCCGAGUUCAUGAUUUUAUCUUUCCAGAAUCCUGAAUUCUAGAUUUUGGCCCAUUUCAAGUUUUUAGCUUUUCAAAAUCCUUAAUUCACAAUUUUGGCCGAUUUCGAGAUUUUACCUUUUCAAAAUCCUGAAAUCAAGAUUUUGGCCGAUUUUAAGAUUUUAGCUUUCCAAAAUCCUAAACUUAAUUUCUUGGCCCAUUUCUAGAUUUUAGCUUUCCAGAAUCCUAAAAUCAAGAUUUUGGACGAUUUCAAGAUUUUAACUCUCCAAAGAUCCUGAAUUCAACAUUUGUGCCGUUUUCAAGAUUUUAGCUCUCCAAAAUCCUGAAUUCAUGAUUUUCGCCGAGUUCAUGAUUUUAGAUUUCAAGAAUCCUGAAUUCAUUAUUUUGGGCGAUUUUAAGAUUUCAGAUUUCCAAAAUCCUGAAUUCAAGAAUUUCCCGAUUUCAAGAUUUUAGCUUUCAAAAAUCCUGGAUUUAAGAUUUUGGCCAAUUUCUAGAUUUUAGCUUUAAAAAAUCCUGAAUUCAAGAUGUUGGCCGAUUUCUAGAUUUUAGCUUUCCAAAAUCCUGAAUUCAACAUUUUGGCUCUUUUCAAGAUUUCAGCUCUGCAAAUUCCUGAAUUCAUAAUUUUGGCCGAGUUCAUGAUUUUAGAUUUCCAGAAUCCUGAAUUCAUUAUUUUCGCCGAUUUUAAGAUUUUAGUUUUCCAAAAUCCUGAAUUCAAGAAUUUCCCGAUUUCAAGAUUUUAGUUUUCCAAAAUCCUUCAUUCAAGAUUUUGGCCGAGUUCAAAAUUUUAGCUUUACAAAAUCCUGAAUUCAAUAUUAUGGCCGAUUUCAAGAUUUUAGCUUUCCAAAAUCCUGGAUUCAAGAUUUUGGCCAAUUUCAAGAUUUUAGCUGUCCAAAAUCCUGAAUUCAAGAUUUUGGCCGAGUUCUUAAUUUUAGCUUCCCAAAAUCGUGAAUUCAAGAUUUUGGCCGAUAUCAAGAAUUUAGCUUUCCAAUGGCCUGAAUUAAAGGUUUUGGCCAAGUUCAAGAUUUUAGCUUUCCAAAAUUCUGAAUUCAAGAUUUUGGCCGAUUUCAAGAUUUUAGCUGUGCAAAAUCCUCAAUUUAAGAUUUUGACCGAUUUUAAUAUUUUAGCUUUCCAAAAUUCUGAAUUCAAGAUUUUGGCCGAGUUCAUGAUUUUAUCUUUUUUGAAUCGUUAAUACAAAUAUUUGGCCGACUUCAAGAUUUUAGCUUUCGAAAAUUCGGAAUUCAAGAUUUUGGCCGAUUUCAAGAUUUUAGGCCUCAAAAAAAGUGAAUUCAAUAUUUUGGCAGAUUUUGAGAUUUUAGUUUUUAAAAAAACCUGAGUUCAAGAUUUUGGCCGAUUUCAAGAUUUUAGCUUUCCAAAAUCCUGAAUUCAAGAUUUUGGCCGAGUUCAUGAUUUUAUCUUUCCAGAAUCCUGAAUUCUAGAUUUUGGCCCAUUUCAAGUUUUUAGCUUUUCAAAAUCCUGAAUUCAAGAUUUUUGCCGAUUUCAAGGUUUUAGCUUUCCAAAAUCCUGAAUUCAUGAUUUUCGCCGAGUUCAUGAUUUUAGAUUUCAAGAAUCCUGAAUUCAUUAUUUUGGGCGAUUUUAAGAUUUCAGAUUUCCAAAAUCCUGAAUUCAAGAAUUUCCCGAUUUCAAGAUUUUAGCUUUCCAAAAUCCUGGAUUUAAGAUUUUGGCCAAUUUCAAGAUUUUAGCUUUAAAAAAUCCUGAAUUCAAGAUGUUGGCCGAUUUCUAGAUUUUAGCUUUCCAAAAUCCUGAAUUCAACAUUUUGGCUCUUUUCAAGAUUUCAGCUCUGCAAAUUCCUGAAUUCAUAAUUUUGGCCGAGUUCAUGAUUUUAGAUUUCCAGAAUCCUGAAUUCAUUAUUUUCGCCGAUUUUAAGAUUUUAGUUUUCCAAAAUCCUGAAUUCAAGAAUUUCCCGAUUUCAAGAUUUUAGUUUUCCAAAAUCCUUCAUUCAAGAUUUUGGCCGAGUUCAAAAUUUUAGCUUUACAAAAUCCUGAAUUCAAUAUUAUGGCCGAUUUCAAGAUUUUAGCUUUCCAAAAUCCUGGAUUCAAGAUUUUGGCCAAUUUCAAGAUUUUAGCUUUAAAAAAUACUGAAUUCAAGAUUUUGGCCGAUUUCUAGAUUUUAGCUUUCCAAAAUCGUGAAUUCAAGAUUUUGGCCGAUGUCAAGAUUUCAGCAUUCCAAAAUCCUAAAUUUAAAGUUUUGGCCGAUUUCAAGAUUUUAGCUUUGUAAACUCGAGAAUCCUAAGUUCAAGAUUUUUACCGAUUUCAAGAUUUUAGCUUUCCAAAAUGCUGAAUUCAAGAUUUUUGAUUUCUUAAAUCCUGAAUUCAAGAUUUCCGCGGAUUUUCAUAGUUUAGCUUUUCAAAAUCCUGAAUUCAAGAUUUUGGCCGAUUUCAAGAUUUUAGGUUUAAAAAUUCAUGAAUUCAAGAUUUUGGCCCGUUUCAAGAUUGCAGCUUUGUAAAAUCUUGAAUUCUAGAUUUUGGCUGAUUUCAAGAUUUUUUCUUACCAAAAUCGUCAAUUCAAGAUUUUGGCCGAUUUCGAGAUUUUAGGUUUCCAAAAUCCUGAAUUCACGAUUGUGGCCGAUUUUCAUUUUUUAGCUUUCCAAAAUCCUGAAUUCAAGAUUUUGGCCGAUUUCAAUAUUUGAGCUUUUCAAAAUCCUGAAUUCCAGAUUUUGGCCGAAUUAAGGAUUUUAGCUUUUCAAAAUCGUGAAUUCAAGAUUUUGGCCGAUUUCAAGAUUUUAGCUUUCCAAAAUCCAGAAUUUAAGAUUUUGACCCAUUUUAACAUCUUAGCUUUCCAAAAUCCCGAAUUUAAUAUUUCGGCAAAUUUCUAGAUUUAAGCUUUCCAAAAUCCUGAAUUCAAGAUUUUCGCUGCGUUCAAGAUUUUAGCUUCCCAAAAUCCUGAAUUCAAGAUUUUGGCCGAUUUCUAGAUUUUAGCUUUUCAAAGCCUUGAAUUGAAGAUUUUGGCCGAGUUGAAGAUUUAAGCUUUAUAAAAACCUGAAUUCCAGAUUUUGGCCGAAUUCAAGAUUCUAGCCUUCCAAAAUCGUGAAUUCAAGAUUUUGGCCGAAUUAAGAAUUUUAGCUUUCCAAUUCCUGAAUUCAAGAUUUUGGCCGAUUUCAAGAUUUUAGCUUUCCAAACUCCUGAAUUCAAGACUUUACCCAUUUCAAUAUCCUAGCUUUCCAAUUCCUAAUUUCAAGAUUUUGUGCGAUUUCAAAAUCUGAUCUUUCCAAAAUCCUGAAUUCAUGAUUUUGGCCGAUUUCAAGUUUUUAGCUUUCAAUAAUCUUGAAUUCGAGAUUUUGGCCCAUUUCAAGAUUUUAGCUUUAUAAAAUCCCGAAUUUAAGAUUUUGCCCGAUUUCAAGAUUUUAGCUACCUAAAAUACUGAAUUCCAGAUUUUUGCCGAUUUGAAGAUUUUAGCUUUCCGAAAUCCUGAAUUCAAGAUUAUGGCCGAUUUCAAGAUUUUAGCUAACGAAAAUCUCGGAUUCAAGAUUUUGGCCGAUUUCAAGAUUUUAGCUUGCCAUAACCCUGAAUUCAACAUUUUGGCCGAUUUCAAGAUCUUAGCUUUUUAAAAUCCUGAAUUUCAGAUUUUAGCCCAUUUCAAGAUUUUAGUUUUCAAAAAUCCUGAAUUGAAGAUUUUGGCCGAGUUCAAGACUUAAGCUUUCCAAAAUCCUCAAUUGAAGAUUUUGUCCGAUUUCAAGAUUUUAGCUUUUCAAACUCCUGAAUUCAAGAUAUUGGCCAAUUUCAAGAUUUUAGUUUUGCAAAAUCCUGAAUUCAAGAUUUUGCCCAUUUCAAGAUCCUAGAUAUGGAAAAUCCUGAAUUCAAGAUUUUUUUGGGGUUUCCAAAUAUUUACCUUUCCACAAUCCUGAAUUCUUAAUUUUGGCCAAUUUCAAAAUUUUAGCUUUCCAAAAUCCUGAAUUCAAGAUUUUUGCCGAUUUCAAUAUUUUAGUUCUCCAAAAUACUGAAUUCCAGAUUUUGGACGAUUUCAAGAUUUUAGCUUUGCAAUAUCAAGAAUUCAAGAUUUUCCCAUUUCAAGAUCCUAGCUUUCCAAAAUACUGAAUUCAUGAUUUUGUGCGAUUUCAAAUUCUUACCUUUCCAAAAUCCUGAAUUCAAGAUUUUGCCCGAUUUCAAGAUUUUAGGUUUCCAAAAUCCUGAAUUCAAGAUUUUGGCACAUUUCAAGAAUUAAGCUCUCCAAAAUCCUAAAUUCAACAUUUUGGCCAAUUUAAGAUUUUAGCUUUCUAAACUCCUGAAUUCCAGAUUUUGGCCGAUUUCAAGAUUUUAGCUUUCCAAAAUCCACAAAUCAAGAUUUUGGCCAAUUUCAAGAUGUUAGCUUUGCAAAAUCCAAAAUUCAAGAUUUUACCCAUUUCAAGAUCCUAGCUUACCAAAAUCCUGAAUUCAAGAUUUUCUGCAAUUUCAAAAUCUUAGCUUUCCAAAAUCCUGAAUUUAAGAUUUUGGCCGAUUUCAAGAUUUUAACUUUCCAAAAUCGUGAAUUCAACUUUUUGGCCGAUUUCGAGAUUUUAGCUUUCCAAAAUCCUGAAUUCAAGAUUUUCUGCAAUUUCAAAAUCUUAGCUUUCCAAAAUCCUGAAUUCAAGAUUUUG